GCGGUUAUAUGCCAUUUUGCGAUACACGCAACGACUGAUGACUGAGCUCAGCAGAGAGCUUCGACAGCCGCCAUGUCUGCCCGAUUGUCCCCAGGAGGGGCGCUUCUGAGAUCAUCGCGGAUGUUCUCCGUUCCCAAACCGCUCCCAAAGCCAGGAGGCGAAGCCGCUGCGAUUGCACGAUUCGGAUCACCGACGGCGACCGCGCCCUUUCCUACACACCAAUCCAUCACCACGACCGAAUCAUCGAGAGUACUUGGUGACUGGGGCUUCAAACGUUCUCUCCCGCUCCGACCCACGACUAAGACUUCGACCCCCGUUGUUCGUAUCAAGCAGAUCGACUGCUUCGAGAACGUCACUGACUACUCUUCUGCCGCCGACCACACCCUCUCUCUCCAGAAGUUCCAGGAGCUCAACCUACCCGUCACCCUCCCCGGAAACAGCCGAUCACGCCUCGGAGGCCUCAACGUUGGUACGAAGUCCGUCUUUGAGGAUGAUGGCGACUUUACCUACAUGGAGCCUGGUCUAGGAAACGAGGAGAAGAGGUGGAAGUUCAAGGGUCCUUGGCUGGCCGGUCUCACCGAGGGCGAGUUCAACCGCUUCUUGCGCAAGAGCGUCCGCAACAAGCGCGAUGACUUCCGCACUUUCUUGAAAGCGCGCAUCGCCACCGCGCUGACGGCUGCGGCGCAUCAGAAGGCUCUGGACGCCGGCCAGAGCAUUCCUCGGCAGAUCUGUGUCCGGGAUGUCACCGGGCAGCAGGUGAUCGAGUACCUCCGCAAGCUGCGAUCCGACCGCAUCACACUGUACUCGCUGGUGAGCGAGUUCCUGGACCUUGCGCCCUUGAACCCGCCCAGCUCCAUGGCGGACCUUGGCAGAUCUGUCGAAGUGACGAAGCGUCCCAGUCUGUACGCCGAGAACGGCCCUCCCAUUUCCCACCCCUCCGGCGGUAUUUCGUACCUCCGCACUGCGGCCUUCGCCGAGAAUCACCCUGUCUACGGUCCCCAGGCGCACCAGACGCCAGUCUUGGCCCGUAUCAUCGCACCGAGAUCGGGACCUACCAGCGCGAAGCUGGGCGUUGGUGGUUUCAUCACCGAGACGCCUCAGGGUGACACUGCCUUUAACCAGAGAUCCUUCCUCGGUCGUAAGGCUGGCAUCGCUGGUAUUGCCUCGUUUGAUCCUGAUAUCAAGGGCGGCGCCAAGGCUUACGUUCAGCCUACUUCUGCUCGCAUGGACUCUUCCGGCAUGAUCCAGAUCACCGUUACCGAGGCCAACGAAGAGGCACAGCUUGUUUCAAGGGAGAUAGUCGGCAAGGUCCAGAUCUACAACAACAAAACCAAGACUGAGCGUCCGUCGGGACAAGAACGCAGACCGCUUAUCCGAACGAUGCGGACAAACAAGCAGAACGACAAGACAGUUGCAGGCAGCACGCAGACCUACGGUCUAGACUCGUGAGCGUUAUGAUGAACGUUGACGACGUGGAGUCGCUUUCGGUCAUCAUAUUUGAGGCAGGAGCGAAGCCCAAAUGGGGGAGGAAGACCAGUCUGGGGAUAUAGAUCUCUGUAUGGCAUUGGCAAGCGGGCCGAGUGUACUAUGUAUGGUAUUGUAAACUAAGAAGAAUACAGCCCGAUUUCGGUAUUUCUCAAAGUCAUAGAGAUUAUCAAUAAGCAAGCAGCCCUAGUCUACAAAUUGUUUUAUUGGCUUUAUGGCUGCCUGAGUAUCAAUAAUAAGGUACUACCUGAGAUCGCGUGCUGAGAGGAUUCCCACAAACUGUUGGGUACGUUCUUGGUAAUGCGAUUUCCAUGCUGUUUCCACUCUGCAAGAAUCCCUAGCCGCGCUGAAUGUUUCGGGCAUCAUGCGAAAUGUCGCGUCUCCGGCUCUGACCCACAUUCAAGUUCCUAUUCGGGCCUGGACAGGGACCUGGGCUCCAGACCCCACACGACC